AUGACAUGGGAUGAGUUUAAGACGCCAUUUCUUAAACAUCAUAGUCCCAAGGCAGUCAUUAAUAAAAUCAAGGAAGAAUUCAUGCAGCUUCGACACAAGGGUGAAUCCAUCGAUAAGAUCACGGGAACAUUCUUGGAUAAAAUGAAGUUUUGUGAUGAACUGAUAACGAAUGAAGAGCAGAAAAUAUAUUAUUAUUAUUAUUAUUAUAAUAUGUUGAGCGCCGAGUAUAGGAAGUUUAUGACUCCUUCAAAGUAUGAGACUCUCACCGAGAUUAUAAACGUUGCUCGGGAACGGGAGAUAGAGUUGAAGAAACAGAUUGAAAAAGGCGAAAGAAGGGCGCAUGUAGUCAAUCCAAGCCCAACGAAAAAGGCGCGCAUGACCGAAUCCUCAAAGAAACAAGAAGGAAAAGGCGGGUCAUCAAACUGCAAGAUAUGCGGGAAAGGGCACAAGGGUGAGUGUCGGUUUAAGGACAAACCGUGUCCUAUCUGUGGGAAAACAAGGCACACUGCUGCGUCGUGCCCGGGGAAAGUGUCGGUAUGUUAUAAAUGUUAUCAGCCGGGUCACAAGAAAUCUGAGUGCCCGGAGUUGACUGGAAAGAAAGGAAGCAAUGAUACACCUACAGAGACACCAAGAGCAAAAGCUAGAUCUUUCCAAUUAACAGCAGCGGAGGCAAAAAGGGAACCUGAUGUUAUUUCAGGUAUAUUUGCUAUAAACUAA